AUGGUUUCCCUCAGUUUGUUCCUUGCGUUGAUUCUUCUGAACUUCAGUCUGCUGAUAUCAGCGAGUGGUGGACACGAUGGUCACGGACACGAUGGACACGGACAUGAUGGACACGAUGGUCACGGACAUGAUGGUCACUAUGGUCACGGACAUGAUGGACACGGACACGAUGGUCACGGACAUGAAGAUGAUGAUGAUGAUGACUAUUGCAGGAGGUCUACUAACACCGUAACUGCAUGUGAGGGCUUGGUCCUGCAUUUGUUCUGUCCUGGUUAUUCUAAGAUCAAGAUACUUGCUGCAAACUAUGGACGUACAGAUAAAAAAACCUGCAUUAAGGAUAUUCCACCACGUGAAAUCAGAAACACCAAGUGUCGUUCAUCCAACUCUCUGCCUGUUGUAUCAUCAUGGUGUGAUGGACAUGAGACCUGCUCUGUACCAGCCACCAAUGGUGUGUUCUCUGAUCCGUGUAUUGGCACAUACAAGUACCUGACUGUCAAAUACUGCUGCAGGCGUGGUAGGAGCUGA